GGUAAGCGGAACGAUAAUAUUAAUGAUGGGAAAAGGUCGGAUGAGCGAGGAAUGAUAGUCGAUGACGAUGGUCAUGAUGUGGCAGAAACUUGAACGGCAAGCCAGUCAAAGGAGGCACAAUGGUCAAAACGUCGAACGACCAAAAGUUGACACAAAACGUAGUCAUGGAGGACGAGCAUGAAAGAUGGUGUGUGAACUUAGCACCUGAUGAGAUUUACCGGCACGGGCUGUUCCUCGAUCAUGCCCAUAUAUUUGUUAUAUAAUAUAUUUGUAAUUGUUGCGCCGGUACAUAACUCCAGUGUUGCACCGGGUGAGACACACUUGUAGUCAAGUUCGAUGAACGAAAUCCUGUCAGGAUGCAGAGUUUACUGAACUCACAAUUUGUUAAUUGAAAUGCGACCGCCUUCCAUAAGUCCUGUCCUACUAUUACGCACAGGUGAGUUGUGGUGUUGCGUUGAGACGAUGGUGGAGCACUUGGGGUGGAUGACCCUUUGCGUAGCUCAAUCUGGGAUUCUUGAGUCGUUUGAGCAAUUAGUUCUCGAACAAUUGAGAAGGAACGUGUGGCAGGGACUGAAGUAGAAGGGCAAUGUCUGAAGCCGCUGUGUGGAGCGGCUGUGUGGAGCGGCUGUGUGGAGCAGCUGUGUGGAGCGGCUGUGUGGAGCGGCUGUGUGGAGCGGCUGUGUGGAGCGGCUGUGUGGAGCGGNGCUGUGUGGAGCGGCUGUGUGGAGCGGCUGUGUGGAGCGGCUGUGUGGAGCGGCUGUGUGGAGCGGCUGUGUGGAGCGGCUGUGUGGAGAAGCUGUGUGGAGAAGCUGUGUGGAGCGGCUGUGUGGAGCGGCGGUGUGGAGCGGCGGUGUGGAGCGGCUGUGUGGAGCGCCUCCGGAGCUGUGAACUGCACACGUGGCAAGGACACAGGAAAGGUAACCAUAUGCAUGGUGGGGACCCAAGAAGGGCAAGCGUAGGUAUGGCGAGGACUCAAGAGAAGGGGAAGCAUAGGUAGCCCAAACUUUUCAUGUGGCGAGGGGGGAGCAGCCUAAACGAAGAGGCAUCUGAUGAAUUUGGCCCACAGAGAUUAAGCUUGGGUUUAAGGUCAGGAGGAGGCCCAGCGUUGUGUCUUGAGGGUGAAGUCGUGCUGCGCACUGUCAUGACUGAUUCUGUACUAAUUAUAGAAUCGUGGCUCCUCCUCGUAAUGGGCCUGCCACAGUGCUUGACGCACUCAAUAUUUUCUAUAUUCGGUAUGUUCUGAGGUACCGAUUGGAGUUGAAGUCUAUUUGGCAUUUACGGUUGGCACUUUGGUGCCCCAGUUCUUCAACCACCCCUGUAAUGAGUUGGAAGUUGGAACUGUAAUAAAAUGUCUACAACCUCAGAAGAAGAGUUUGGCCCUUUUUUUAUUGUCAAUCUGCCGCAUUAUAAUCGGAAUCUGAGAAAUCGCGUGGCGGUGUGGGAGAAGGUAGCGAUGGCCAUUUGCCACUCCAACUCUGUUGUGCAGCUUCUACGGAAGAACCUGUGGCCCGGAAGAACUCCGUCUUGAUCCAUGUGGUCUCUUUAUGCGGCAAGGAUUGUGUUGUGUGUUAUCAGCACCUGGUCACUUUGGCAAUGAUCGAGCGCUAACUGGGCUUGUCAGAGUUGCGUGCUGUUAUCUUCGAACAGCAGGCCCGGGCCAUUCACUUUCCGAAGUGCUGAGUUGAAGAUGGAUUGGCGAUGAAACUUGUCGGAAGUAUCCUGUGAGAAGUGGCCACCCUUUUUUUUUUUUUCUGGUCUUCAAUGCCACGACGAGGAGGGCGCUCGCACGGGGCCUGCUGCAAAGCCUGGAGCGUGAGCCGAGGUGAAGUGGGUUCGGCUGCGGAUCUUGGGAUGGUAGUAGUCGUCAUUUUAUUCACUUUACCAAGGUUUUGUUUCUUUACUUUAGUAAGUAAUAAAUAUUACCCACUCCCUUCGGACUGGGUACCCUGGGCAUUAGUGGAAGAUCAAGAGAGAGGGGAGGAGGGGAAAAGGGAGGGGGGGUGCAGGUUUUCAAGUUCACCGUGUACUAAGGGGAUGAUUUCUGGAGUUCAUCUCUGAUCGUACAGCACCAGGAAGGCGACUGCAGUCUGCAGGGUUUCAUCUUUGGCCAGACUGUUGGCAGCAGAGGCACAUGUUACUGAAUCAUGGCUUUACAUCUAACGAGGCUAUAAAUAACUCAUGGCUCUACAUCUGAUGUAGCAAUCUGUCGGUGCAAUGGUUCUGUGACUUUAAUUCUGUCCAAUAGUACCGACACUGCCAAUGGUAUUUCAUAAAAGUGAUGCAUGGCUCGACGGUGCCACACUGGAAUGCCCGAUCUAUUCUUAGUACGCAAUAAUACUACCGCUCAUCUGGUCAAGGCAGUGAUUCUGUCCUAUAGUACAAAACUCAAUUUUGUGAAUUUGACAGAAGCGGAUUGUGUGUGCUGCUUGAGCUGACUAGCUAAGCUAGUCGACUCGCGACUCUUUGCGAGUGCAUAAAAGGGAACUCUUCAUCUGACUGUGACUGAGAGACGCUAUCUGAUGUAGUUACCUAAGGUGGUGAGAAAGCCCUCCUGUCUUUGAAUUGGGAGAUGGAUGUCUUCUUGUGUGGUUGAUAUUAGACGUCUACAUGUCUACACGUCCCGUUCACAUUGGAGGUAAUGGCCUCAGAGUUGGUUCUGCAGCCUUUCUGGAUGCCGACUCUCAAGUUGCAUUUCGAGUUGAUGUCAUCAGUCUUCCUGCAUGCCUUCACAAAUACGGAGUCGUAGGGGCGUACUCACUCUAGCGCUAUUUUAUAUGUAUCUCCCCGCAAUUGCGGCCUGAUCUGGAAGUAUUUGACCACAAUUACGUUCAGAAAAGAAGUAAAAAACCCUCUAGUGU